AUGGCGGAGGCCAGCGGAUCCAAGAUGAGCAACCCUUGCGAAUCCUGUGAGAGGAAUAUAAGGUUCAUCAGAAAAAUAAACGGAAAUUUUAUGCAUAGCUUGGUCAUGCCUGAGUGGUUUGUGAAUCAGUUUGGAGGGAAGAUCUCGAGAUCCAUCAAACUACAAACCCCCAAUGGUAACAUAUAUGAUGUUGCAGUUACUGAGAAUAUGAAUCGAACAAUGCUGAAAUCUGGUUGGGCAUCAUUUGUUGAUGCCAAUCAAAUAGAAGAAAAUUAUACCUUGAUGUUUCGGUACCUUGGAAACGCCCUCUUUGAGGUUAUAAUAUUUGAUUCCAAUGGUAAGGAGAAAGUCUUAUGCUGUGCCGGGAUGAAAGCAGCCUCUGAUGUUAAUGAACCAAGCAGUCGCCAUGUUGAUAAUUCGAGCAGUUCUCAUGAUGGUACUACUCAGUCAUCAGCAGAUGAAUGUUCAGAUUCAGAUGGAAGCCAGAAGGAAAGCUCGUACUGUUACAGAAAAUCAGCAAAGAUGCCUGCAAUGUCUAAUUCUUCUGAGGAAAUCUCAGCAGAAGACAAUUCUUUGGAGUCAGAUCGACAAAAGCUUUCAAAAUAUUAUGUCUUGUCAGGGCAGUGCUAUCUUACAGAAGCACAGGAGGUAAAAAUGCUUGCACUUGUAAAGAAAAUUCGACCUGAAAUCCCGGUGCUUGUUGUCCAGAUGAAGAAGAGCAAUGUAAACAAUAGUCGUACUCUGGCAAUAUGUAAGGAUUACACACUCGAGCACUUGCCAUGCGGAGAAACAGUUAUCAUACUCCAGCUGCCUAGGAAAAACAAGGUUUGGAAGUGCAAACUCUAUAACAGGCCAUCUAGAACGUCUGACGCUGGUCGGCGCAACCUUUAUUUGGGGAACUUUGUCCGUGACAAUCCUGUCAGAGAAGGCGAUAUCUGCCUCUUUCAACCAAUGACAAAUGUUAAGCAGAAAAGAUUCACAAUGACUGUCCAUCUCCUUAGCAAAACGAGCGUUAAUCAUUCCCCUGGUGCAAGAAAUGGCAUUGGCUCAAAUCAUGGAAGGACAAGCACAAAAAAGGCAGGUGAUGUGGAGGAACCACCUACCGAUGGUGAAGAGUACUCUUCGGAACAUGAGGAGCAUGAAGUCUCUGAUGAUUCUGAGGGAGGUUCUGAACCUCCCUUCAUGCUGGCAGACAAAGCUUGCCUAACAUGGGCACAAGAGAAGAAAGUGUUGGAGAAAGUCGAGGAAAUCGAGUCAGAACUACCCUUGUAUGUUGCUAUCAUGCGCAAGUCCAAUGUCUGUCGGGGUGGUUCCUAUAACACUCCCACCCUACGCUUUGGCUCACAAUACUCAAGCAGAUAUCUUGUUCAGAACUCUGCUGCUGGCUAUCAUCGUGGAAAGAGUAGUGUGAUCAGUUUGGUGCUUCAACGGGAGGAGAAGAGCAGAUCAUGGCUAACCAAUUUGAAACACAGCAUGCAACACACAACUCAUGUGAUGAAGGUUCUCAAAGGAUGGACGUUUUUCGCCCAUGACAACCGCCUGAGGGAGGGGGACCUCUGUCUCUUCAAGCUGAUAAAGGACAAGGAGCCUCUGACUAUGGUGAUCCAUGUUAUUCGCCGUGAGGAAUAUUAG